AUGAGCUACGACCUUGGAAAAGCUGUCGGCUUCAAGUCCAAAGAUCAACCAGUUUCAUGGACUCGUAAAGACAUCAUCACGUAUGCUCUUGGGGUAGGCGCGAAACAUGACGACUUGUCUUUGGUAUAUGAGCUUGACAAGUCGUGGGGACCACUACCGACAUACCCUGUAGUUCUUGGACUGAAAGGCGAUGACCAGGAUGUCACCUUGUUCGCAGCCAAAACGGGCGGUGAGCCUGUUCCGGGUCUUCCGAAGCUGAACUCCAAGAGGGUGGUCCAUGCAACCCAAAGCAUUGAAAUCCUGAAAGACCUUCCAGUGGCUAGCGGAUCCGGCUGGAAGCUCUCUCGAAGAGUAGUUGGUGUACAUGAGAAUAAGUCUGGAAUCAUUAUCGACAAUGAAGCUAUAUUGCUUGACCCUCAUGAUGUUCCUUAUGCGAAGCUUUAUAGUUCAGCCUUUUACCUUGGUUCAAAGGCCAACGGGGACAAGUUCUCUAAAGCUGUUGCAGCCCCACCUCAGGCGAAGCCUGUCCCUAAGGACCGAAAACCGGAUUGGGUUGUUCGGGAUAAGACAACACCAGAGCAAGCUCUGAUUUACAGGCUGAGCGGCGAUUACAACCCUCUGCAUAUCGACCCGGAACUUGGCAAAGCGAUGGGCUUUGGUGGUGUGAUUUUGCACGGGCUGUCAAGUUAUGGGUUCGCUGCAAGAGGUUUGAUUCAAGUGAUAGCUAAUGGGAAUUCUCGUGCCCUGACGGUCUUUGGCGCGAGGUUUACGUCUCCUGUAAAGCCUGGUGACGAGCUGGAGACGUCAGCAUGGGAAGUUGGACCUGGUCCGAACGGCACCUCGGAAAUUACGUUCAUAACCAAGAACCUGACAUCUGGCAAAGUCGCAUUGGGCAAUGGUGUCGCCUUCAUCAAAAAGGCAGAAAAGAGCAAGUUGUAG